AUGACCUCCAGCUUCCAGCUCUACCGCGGCACCAAGAUCGGCCAGAGCCUGUACCAUGCCCUGUUCGACCUGGUGGAGGCGGGCAAGCUGUCCGAAGAGCUGUCCGAGAAGGUGCUCGCCGAAUUCGACAAGUCGAUGUACCACGCGCUGGAGGAGCGCGUGGUAGAGAAACGGGCGGUCAUCAAAGCGGGCCUGAAGAACUACCGGUACAUCGACAACGUGUGGCAGUUCGUGCUGGACGACGUGCACCUGAGGGUUGCAGCCAAUGGGCGUCCUUCAGGUGGUCAGGUGGAGGAGAGGAUGGACUGUGCCAAAUUGGUGUGUGUGGACAGCAAACUUGUGAUGAAGGACAAGAUGGAGGCGGAAGGGCAGGUGGAAACGCUUCGCUAUGUUGGCAGCCAAGAUGCCCUCGGGGGAGUGAUGGGAGGGCUGCCUGUUGGAGGUGCCAUGCCUGCAGUCCCUGGUGUACAGGAUCAGGCAUAUGUCCAAAGGGCGCCCCAGCUUGGAUACGUGGCCAAUGGUGACGACGAUGCAAAAACGGAGAGCGAGUGA